AAAAAAAGGUGAAACGUCAAAUAAACGGCAUACAACGGAAAUAUCUUCGACGCACAACAAUUUAGAAUUUAAAUACCACCUAGUAAGAAGAAAUCAAUAUGGCGUCUCCAGCAUACUUGCUCCUCUUAACUGUAGGUACAAUUGUCACUGGGUGUCUCAACUCACUCUUCACCAAGUACCAGGAUAAUCAAUGCGUUCGCAACUGUAAUAAUCCUGAUCUCUCAACUCACAAGACUUUUGAACAACCUGUACUUCAGACUCUUCAAAUGUUUAUUGGUGAACUUUCAGUUUUCCUUGUUUAUUGGGUGUUUUACAAGUCCCCCUACGCUCGUAAUAAGAGAAGUCUGUUAUCCAUAGAAACUGCUGAGCCAGAACUUUCUUUAGUUCAAUCAUUCAAAUUAGCUAUUCCUUCAAUUUGUGACUUAUGCGGGACAACUUUAGUUAAUAUUGGUCUUUUGUAUACCCCAGUAUCUAUAUAUCAAAUGACUAGAGGUUCAAUUGUUCUCUUUGUUGCCAUAUUCUCGGUGAUUUUCCUCAAGAGAAGAAUCACUAAAUUAGAAUGGAUCUCCCUUAUCCUUGUAACCCUUGGAGUUAUUAUUGUUGGAUUGAGUGGAUCUAAUUCUUCAUCUACUGAAUCAGAUUUAUCCAAUGAAACUGCCUCACUCGUUAUAUUUGGUAUGUUUUUAAUUGUACUUGCGGAAAUUUGUCAAGCUGCACAAUUUGUUAUUGAAGAAUAUAUUCUUUCUCAACAAUCUAUUCUCCCACUCCAAUUGGUGUAUUAUGAAGGCUUCUACGGUGCCACUGUCUUAAUGACUGUAUUUAUCUUUAUGCAUGUUGUUGUUGGUACAAUUUCUAAUCCCUCGGAUUUCCAAGCAUCUCCAUUCAAUUUGAUCGAAUCCUUUUCGGAAAUGUUUUCUAAUAGAGUUGUUCUUUUAUCGUCGGUAUGUAUUAUGAUUUCCAUUGCUUCUUUCAACUUCUUUGGGAUCUCAUUAACCCAUGAAUUAUCUGCCACUGCUAGAUCAACUGUUGAUACUUGUCGUACACUUUUAGUUUGGAUCCUUGCGAUUGCCAUGGGUUGGGAAUCAUUCUUAUUCUUACAAUUUUUAGGAUUUGUGGUUUUAGUGUUUGGUUCUUUAUGUUUCAAUGGAGUUUUACAACCAGAAACUUGGGCUUUUGUACCUCAAUGUUUAAAAAGUGGUGAAGAAUCUCAUCCACUUCUUAAUGAUACUGAAGAUCCUUUAGAAAGAAUAUGA